UGUAAAUUUAGAAUAUUGGCGAAAAACUGAUACCACCGUUUGAUAUUUGCAACAAUUUUUUAAAAAUCAUUACAAGUACAUAUAGACUUUCUACAUUCCUUAUAUGACAUCCAUUACGUAUGCUCGAAUUUAAUAAUUAGAGUACAAAUUAUUUCAAUAUAUAAAUAAUCCUGUAAAAUGUCUGAAGAUAAAAAAGUUCUUAAGAAAACGCCUAAGCCCCAAUCCAAGGGUGUGCUUAUUGGCAACAUUAUUUUUGGUUUAUUCACAAAACUCAUAAGAUUAGUGUUUCAAUUAAUUUAUGGAGUAAAAGGUGAAGUAAUGCCUCCUAUAAGAGAUCCCAUACUAUUAGAAUCCGCAACAUCACUUGCCAGAAAGAUACGCAAGCAGAAGUUAACAAGUGUGCAAGUUUUGGACGCAUUUAUUGCACGAAUUAAUGAAGUCAAUCCAUUGUUAAACUGUUGUGUCGAUAAUAGAUUUACGGAAGCGCAUGCUGAAGCUGAAGAAGCUGAUAAGUUAAUAAAAUCCAAGCAAUAUACAAUAGAAGAAUUGGAGAAAAUUAAACCAUUCUUAGGUGUGCCAAUAUCCACUAAGGAUUGUAUUGCUGUUAAAGGUCUGCUACAUACAUCUGGCUUGUACUGCCGUAAAGAUGUUCGUGCCUCUGAAGACUCUGAUGCAAUGGCUUUGAUGCGUAAAGCUGGGGCCAUUCCUUUUGCACUCACAAACGUUUCAGAAGUAUGCAUGUGGUGGGAGAGUAACAAUUCUGUACAUGGACGUAGUCGCAAUCCCUACGACACCAAUCGUAUUGUUGGAGGUUCGAGUGGUGGUGAAGGUUGUAUACAAGCAGCAGCUGCAUCGCCAUUUGGUUUGGGUUCUGAUAUUGGCGGUUCUAUACGUAUGCCGGCAUUUUUCAAUGGUAUAUUUGGACAUAAGCCAAGCAAAUUUAUUGUGUCGAAUAAGGGACAGUUUCCCAUACCAUUUAGUGAGGAACAAAAUUCAUUUUUGGGUAUUGGACCAAUGACACGUCACGCAGAAGACUUAAAACCUAUGCUAAAGAUUAUAGCUGGCGAAAAAGCUGCACAAUUAAAUUUAGAUGAAUCGGUAGACCUAAGCAAAGUACGUUAUUUCUUCCAGGAAAAUGAUGGCGGUGGUCGUUUAGUAUCUGCAGUUGAUGAUGAUUUAAUAAAUGGAGUACGACAAGUUGUGCAACAUUUGAAAAACAAACUUAAUGUGCCAGUAGAUCGUGUACAAUUUGAACAAUUCCGUCAGUCGGCUGCUAUAUGGUUUGCUAAUAUGAAAGAUGAUUCUGGUUAUGGUUUUGAACAUCAACUAGGAAAUAUGAAAACAGCAAUUAACCCAUAUAGUGAAUUGUUUAUGUGGCUGUUGCGCUUAUCCAAGCAUACCUUUAUCGGUAUUAUAACUGCAAUAAUGGACAAAUUGCAGUGCAGACAUGGCUCGAGUAAAUAUCAUCACUUAGUUAAAAAACGCAAUGAACUGCGAGCGGAACUACAAGAACUACUGGGAAAUGAUGGUGUGCUUAUAUAUCCAACACAUCCAACUGUAGCGCCAUAUCACAAUGAACCCAUUUUACGACCCAUUAACUUCUCAUACACUGGCAUAGUAAACGUACUAGGUUUUCCAGCUACAGCAGUGCCUUUAGGCAAGAUAGGUAGCGAAGGUUUACCUCUUGGUGUGCAAGUAAUUGCCAAUUUUAAUCAAGACCGUUUAUGUUUAGCAGUGGCAGAGGAACUGGAACGUGCUUUUGGUGGUUGGGCAAAACCAGAAAUACAAAUUAAUUAAUCAAUACCAGCAAAACUAAAAUAAGAAACUUUAAUUUCGUAACAGAACUAAAAUUUAUGUGUUUAAAAGACACACAUUAUUUGUGAUUUGUAAAUUCAAUUUAUGUAUUUAAUACAAUUGCAUUUUGUCGCAA